UUUAGCACCAGUCCCCUCUUCCGUUUUCCCAUCAAGUCCAAAGUCCUUCCGCAGUUUGCAGCAUUCACCGCUUUUGAUCGGUUCUCACUCAACUUCCCUUGUCCAUCAUCAUGAUUGCUGCCGCCGCCCCCGUCGAGCUUACGCAAGGAUCUGACCCGGUGUAUGCGAAGCGCCUUGCGGGCGAAGGCAACAAAGAAAUCUCCGCCUUUUACAACCAGGAUAUCUCAGACAAGCUGACGCCUAAGACAAGGCAGAUUCUUGAAGAAUACAGUCAGAUCCCUACUGCCCGGGUGAUUCGGCACAUCCACGAAGUGCGCGACAAAGCGUGGGCGAUUCGGGCCUACCCCUGCAUCGGGUCGGGAAUCUAUCUCGAUCCCAUCCUCCCCAAGCAGCCGUCGUACCCGACAGUGCUGUCGCGGCUCAUCAACGAGGAUGCCGUGCUCCUGGAGGUCGGGUCGUUCCUAGGCUCGGAUCUAAGAUCCGUGGUCGCAGAUGGCGCCCCGUCGAGCAAUCUCAUCGCGACCGACGUGGUCAGCUUCUGGGACAUCGGCUACGAGAUGUUCCAGGACAAGGACCGGUUCAAGUGUCGCUUCUACCAGGCGGACCUGAUGGACCCCAACGGGGCGCUGCAGAAAUUCCAACACUCGAUAGACAUCAUCCACAUCAGCAAGGUGCUGCACCAGUGGAGCUUCGACCGCCAGGUCGAGGCGUGCGAGCACCUGGUGGGCCUGAGUCGGGAGGGGACCAUGAUCGUGGGCGAUCAGAUGGGCGGGGAGACUGCGCACGAACUGAUUCCCUACCCGGAUCUGCCGGGGCUGUGGAUGCACGACGAGAACUCAUGGCGCGAGAUGUGGGAGAUCAUCAGCAAGAAGACGGAUACGCAGUGGGACACCCAGACCACCGUCCGCACGAUUGCGGAGAUGGAGUGGGACCCCAAAGAUUACACCUACCUGCGGGAGGAUCGCAUCGUGUUGAUGUUUACCAUGACUCGGACCAAGUAGCUAGCGUGCUGGGACGACAGCCAGCCCACAUUCGUUAGCUAGAAUGCAAUCAAAUUACAC